AAAUGCAAAUUCCCUGCCCCAGGGCAGGUGCAGUAUCCACACCCACAAUAAUCAAUCACUCCAAAAGCAGCCCCAUAACUGCCUGAGGCUUUGCGGGCACACCUAUACACAAAUCGUAACAAUUAAUUUAGUGAACCCUUGUCUAAAAAGGGAUGCGUGUGGCUCAGAGGGAAGGCCCAGGGCUCAAUCCCAAGUAGCAAACAGUAAUUCUUUAGCGUCUUGUCACUGUCCUGGACGGAUACACUGAAUGUUGUUAGCGUCUCCCCAUUCCUCUUACAAGGUCACUCCUGCAUCAUUGCGCAGGCAGCUCCAGGCUCAGUGUGGGGCCAAGGCUUCGGCAUGUCCCUCUGGUCAUUGGCUUAGCGCGAAGGUUUCAAGAAACCUGGCCGGUGCUCGAGAGGCGGAUCUGGCCGCCUUCUGGGGGUCCGGGGGCCUGUCUGGGCAACGAUCACCCCGGAGUCGGCAUCUGUGUCGGUGCUGGCUCCUCGGUGGGCCAAAGUCCUCGGGGGCAGGGAGGAAGCCAGAGAAUGAGCGGAGUUACGGCGCCCACGAUGCCAGGCCUGCGCUGGCUGGGCGCCCACCAGCCCAAAGCGAAGACGCUGACCACAGUUGCCUUGGAAACCACCGCGGCGGCCCUCCGACGCCCCGCCCCCGUGCCGGCACGCCCCCUACGGGCCUGUUCCGCGCUUCCGCUUCCGGCGUCGACGGGAAGUGGGCGGGCGGCGGAGGCUGCGCGCGGAGGUGGAGGAGGUGCCUGGCGGCCGCUUCCCGCCCCCGAGCCGGAGCCGGAGCCGGAGCCGGACCCGGAGGCAGAGCCCAGACGGGUGAUUGCUCACCUACAGUACUGAUGAAAUGGGGUCAUGAGAAGGGACCUCUGAAGGGAACAUCAGUUCUCUCCUCUGGCACAGGGCUUGACUCUUGGGCACUAGGUGCUGAAAAAGCUCCAUGCAUGGCUCUUUGGCCCAGAACCCUCAUUCAACAGAAGAGACCAUGGCCUGGCCAGCUGGUGACUUGGUCUUAACUGCUGCAGGGACUUGUUGAAGGUCAUGUAUCCACGAGCCACCAGCUAGUCAUAGUCAGGUGUCUUAGACUCCUUAGAAAAGCUCAGGGGAUGGUAGCUGUGCCACUAUUGUCAGAAGCCUGUUACCAUGGCGAGUACCUCUUGGGAUUGGGGAAGGGAGGGUGGCGGAUGAGAAGUAAAAUCCUGGUAAGUGUGGGUUCUAGAUAGAAGGAAGGAAUAUUUGAAAGCCAACCAUGUGCCAACCCUUGGACUCACAUUAGGUGCUUGCUUGCUUGUUUUAUUUGG